AGAACACAGUAGUACUAACACUAAGCGUAACACAUCUAAAGACAAGAAGGAGAAGGAACCAAGCGUGUCUACAAAAGUAGUCGUCAGUGGUAACCUCAAGCUUACUGCAGGUCCCGGUGCUGCGAAUAAAAACAAAACAUCAGCUUCAUCUUCUAAAAAUAAGGACAAUAAAGCAACUACUUCUACUUCUACUUCCAACAAGGACCUGUUUCCAAAUCUGAGUAAGAAGGAGUUGGAUCGAAGGUGGUACAAGACGACAGACUAUGAGAAUGAAGGAACGUGGGUCUGGAAAGACAGUAAGUGGAGGUGGAAGCUGCACUCGCCGGAUGAUGAGGAUGAGACAGAUGAAGACGAAUACGAGGAUGCAGACGAAGACGUCGAAGAAGGUGGUGCUAGGAGAACAAGUACUACUAGGGCGUUUCACACAGCAAAUGAUGUGGAUGAAGAAGAAGACGACGGAGAGGAAGAAGAUGAUGAGGAGGAAGAUGAAGACGAGGAGGAAGAUGAAGAAGAGACUUCAGUAGAUGCAGACGAGGAAGAUGGCCCAGCGUCUUCGUCUCCAUCAGGGGACGAAGCGGCACCGAAAAACAUUUUUGCUGUGUCUCAAGCAAACGCAUCAAUCUUCAAUCCAACCACUAGAACAAGUGGUCAACAAACUGGUCGCUUGUUCCAGAAUGGCGGAGCUUCAAGUACGGGGAAUAGUAAUGGCAAGCCUGCUUUCAGUAUUUUCGGCAAUACCACGAACAAUACCUCUUCAACAUCUAAAGAUGAUGCCGACGACGAUCAGCAGAUAGGCAAUGGCAAGCCACUCAGCAUCUUUGGAGGUAGUCGUGGCAAGAGCACGCCCUCAACGUCUAUGCUCUUGUUUGGCACCGAGGGGAACAAGUCUGCGCAAAGCGCUAUAGGUACCGGCAAGCCAGUGAGCAUCUUUGGAGGUGGCGCCGCAGCUGCCGACGACGAUCAAGACGACACCGAUAAAGACGACGAUGAUGAAGAGGAAGAAGAAGAGGACGACGACGAAGAAGAGGAAGGGUCUGACGCAGCUGUUGAGGCGCUGCUGAACGCUGCUGCCUUGCUCGACAUAUCUCCUUCAAAUACUCCAAAGGUUUCACCUUCCAAACACAGUCCUAAGAUCCCCAUGAGUCCGCCAACACCUGUCCUAGCUCCUUUCCGCGUGGAUGACGUGAAAUUCAGAGACGAAAGCGAAGCCAUUGACGAUGAAGAGAAAGCGCAAACGGUUGGCGUGGCUUUUGGUGGCGCGGUUUUUGCUCCAAAGAAAUCAGUCUUCGCAAAAGAUAGGCCGUUAUUUGGUGCUGGUGAUGUUUCUGAUGUGAAAAUCGAGAAAGCAAUCGUUUUGGCAGAUAUUGCUGAUGACGAAACCUCUUCAGACUUUUUACGGGAGCAUACCACGAAGAUUUUGGAAGGGUUUUUCAGCAAGACCGCAUGUGGCACUGGAAUAUUGGCGAGAAAUGAUACAAUCGACACGAUAACUCUGCUAAAAACGCCUAGUGCUAGUGCGACGUCAUCGUCGGGUUUAGCUGGAGCUGGAGGAGGAGAGCAAUUUGGUUCUCUGGAUCGCACCAAUAGCAUAGCCAGUUCUAACGGAGCAGCUGCUGCUUACACUGGCACCGGUGCAAUUAUACCGCCGUUAGUAUCCUCAGCGUCCGUCACCUCCCUCACCUCCGUCGCAUCCACUGCUGGAACCAUGGUUGGAGGCAAUAUCUUCGGAGGAACGUCGAACACGAGAGGAUCCUCGGUUUUUGGAGGGGGGCUGGUGUUUGGCAGUUCAGGAACGACGCAUGGCGGAUUCGGCGGAAACCUCUUUGGUGGAGGCGGUGGAGUUGGAGGAGGUACAAGAACUGGAGGUAUCAAUAUUGGCGGAAGUAGUAUUUUAGCAGGUACACCUAGAGGACAAGAUGGAGGUGGUGGAAAUCUUCUUCUUACUGGUACUUCAACAUCCUCGUCACCACUGGGUGCAAGAAGUCCUGGUGCUCAACAACAAGCGUCUUUGUCCAGUACAAGGAAGAAAAUGAACGAACAAUACGAACAAUACAAGAGCGAGAUGAGGUUGCAGCUUUUAGGCCUUUGCAGUGGAGAUGGAGAAAAGCGAGGAAAGAGCUCAUCGACGCCGGUGGCUAGAGACCAUGUGAGGCGGGAGCAGAAACUGGUAAUAUUGAGAAGUUUUGGCUAGUGUUGUACUUGUAGUUCUAGCUUUAUUUAUGUCGUGCUUGUGAGUGAAAUACAAAAAUUUAAUUCUAGUACCUUGUCUCAAAAAAGAAAGUCAAUGUGUCUCACAAGGAUCAUGGCCAAACUCGAAUGGUUCCACACUCACUUGAUCUUCUUCUUCUUCAUCCCUGCCUCAUGCUCAUACAAAACAGGCACCCCCAUCUUCGAGUGCCAGUUCCUACCGAUCCAAGAGGAAUCAAGCCAAGCUUCGUGCCGACAUCGAUCGUUUUGUCUCCCAGAGCUUUCCACGUACCUUAUCUGAAGGGACGCGAAAAGCCAUUGGAGACAAGUUUGAGGCCGUGGCUGAACAAGGACCCGUGCCAUCUGGUGUCUUCUCCCAACAGUGUAGACUACUGCCUUUUUUGUCGUUGUUUUUGGGUGUACAGGAAACAGCAUUGAUCACGCAUCAUAUAUCCAGCUUUGUCUUGGUGAACUACUUUCAAGAUCUUGAUCAAGAUCUUCAGGAACGAGAGGGAAACGAUGACCACAAGUCCAAGCAGACUGGCGCGACUGAGUCAUCCACUGCUGCGUCUUCCAUUGCUGCUUCCACCUGCACUUCAGCCACUAUAGCGGAAGAAGCAGACGCUGCAUUAGUCUGGAAGCUUCUGCGAGAGUGGCUUUCUAUGCAGGACGAGCCAGAGGCUUAUGAGUUACUCGAUGGUCUGGAACGAGUUUUCUUUUACGAUGCUGGGCAAUUUCUCACGUUGACUUGGAGCAGCAAAAUUUUCUCCCAUUUGUGUUGCGGAAUGCUACCGUUCUCGCUCUUGAUCGACUUCCUGCGUACCUUUUUGCUGGACGGAGUGCAUUUUCUUUUCCAGUUUGCCCUAGCCUGGGUGUGGCAUAUCAGAGAACCGCUGCUGCAGGUGUUGAGGAAAGCGUUAGGAUCUUCUUCAAGUAGUUCUUCUGCGAGUUGUACCAGCGCAGCGAAAAUUUCUACCACCAGAGAAAGAGUCCUCCAGCUCCUGAAGAACGAAGACCCUCAAAACUGUGCAAAACCACAUAGAGAACUAGAAAGGCACGAUCUGUUGUCUUCGUCCACCUGUACGGAACUGCUAGAAGAGGCGGGCUCGAUACGGUUGGACGAUAUCAUGCAUGCAUCGAUCCAGAAACUAAGGCAAGCGGAAGUUUCAAGACUAGAAACCGAAAUGGAAAACAAACGAAAGUGGAGAGAAGCGCAAGCUGCAGAUGACCUCGAUAACUUGUCAGCAGAUUUCACCGGGAGUAGUGGGGAGGAAGAUGAGUAGGAAUAGUACUCAACUGCUAGUAGUGGAAUCGGUUGAAAGCGUACUAGUAGAGAGCGCUUCUUCAUCCUUGUCUUGUUGUUCUUGUUACGCGAGAAAACUAUUGAGUGGUCAGCAUGUGCUCUCGUGGAACACACUACCGAAACAGAUGUAACCAUGAAUAACCAGUUCUUUUUACUCACCACACCUUUGAUGUCAUGCAUGCACACCCUGAAUGUUUGUUUCUACACCUAUCAUAGCUUGCCUAUGGCUCGGGAUCAAAGCAUUCCCAAACUCAACAUACCUCGCCUGAGGACCUUGAAAAACUAUCAAAGCGACGAACCGUUUGCGUUUCCAAACUAAUCUUCGUGUCUGCCCUGCUGAGAAU